UUUUUGACUGCUUCGAUUGAAACCCAUUAAUUUCUUCUCUCUUCCAUUUUUUCUCUUCUUCUUCUUGUAAUUUUCAGGAUCCGUAUGUCAUCGCAGAGUUUCUGGUGUCAUCCUCCUCUUCAAGAGACAUUUUUGUUUUGGAGUGCUUUUAAAUCAGAUCAAACCCAACAGGAAAAAACGCCUUUAAAAGCUUCAUCACACACUUCGUCGGUCUACUAAACCUCCGACAGCCUACAUGCAGUAAGUGUUCAACUGCUCCAACCGACAAAUCGAUUUUCGAAAAAGAGCAAAACCGAUAGUCAAAGCCUCCAACCAUAUAUUCAAGUUAUUCAACAACCAUGGCGUCCGCAUCUCUAGCUUUUCCUUCCCUGCAACCAAAAUAUCAAUCACCCAGAAGAUUAUCAAAGCCCUCCACGCGUCGGAUCAUAGUCCGUCCGAUCUCUGCGUCGGUGUCUGAAACGCCAUCUGUGUCGGCCCAGCCGUCGGUGGCGCCGCCUGAACCCACCAAGCUCCCGAUCCGAAAAAUCCCCGGAAACUAUGGCAUACCUUUUAUCGGUCCAAUCAACGAUCGGCUUGACUACUUCUAUAAGCAAGGCCGUGAAGAGUUCUUCAAAUCACGCAUCCAAAAGUACCAGUCAACGGUGUUCAGAGCCAACAUGCCACCUGGUCCUUUCAUAGCCUUCGACCCACGGGUGGUGGUUUUACUCGACGGCAAGAGCUUUCCCGUGCUCUUCGACGUCACGAAGGUCGAAAAGAAAAACCUUUUCACGGGGACUUACAUGCCAUCCACGGAGCUCACCGGGGGUUAUCGUGUCCUUUCGUAUCUCGACCCGUCGGAGCCGAGUCACGGCAAGCUCAAGCGCCUCUUGUUCUUCCUCCUCAAGUCCCGUCGCGACCACGUCAUACCGGAGUUCCAUUCCAGCUACACGAAGCUCUUCGAGGGCCUCGAGAACGAGCUCGCAACCAAAGGCAAAGCCGCUUUCGGAGACGCCAGUGAUCAAGCCGCUUUUAACUUCCUGGCUUGUGCACUCUACGGCGCGAACCCGGCUGAGACCAAGCUGGGGCUCGACGGGCCAAGCCUGGUCAAAAAAUGGGUCCUCUUCCAGCUGGCCCCUCUGUUCACUCUCGGCCUCCCUGUGGUUCUCGAGGAGCUCCUCAUCCACACCUUCCGUCUCCCUUCAUUUCUGGUCAAAGCCGAUUACCAGAGGCUCUACGACUUCUUCUACGAGUGCUCUGGGUUCGUCCUAGAUGAGGCCGAGAGAUUAGGCGUCUCCAGAGACGAAGCUUGCCACAACCUGCUGUUUGCCACUUGCUUCAACUCCUUCGGAGGCAUGAAGUUCUUCUUCCCCAAUAUGAUCAAGCUCAUCGGCCGAGCUGGGGUCAAGCUCCACACGCAGCUGGCGCAGGAGAUCCGAUCGGUCAUCAGAUCCAACGGCGGAAAAGUCACGAUGGCCGCCGUGGAACAGAUGCCUUUGAUGAAGUCCGUCGUGUACGAAUCGCUCCGGAUAGAACCGCCGGUAGCACUCCAAUACGGGAGAGCCAAGCAAGACCUCAUCAUCGAGAGCCACGACGCGGCUUUCAAAGUCAAGGAAGGCGAACUGAUAUUUGGGUAUCAACCAUUCGCCACCAAGGACCCCAAGAUAUUCGACAGAGCCGAAGAGUUCGUGCCGGAUCGGUUCGUCGGAGAGGGUGAGAGAUUGCUCAACCACGUGCUAUGGUCCAAUGGGCCUGAGACCGAGACUCCAACAGUCGGGAACAAACAGUGUGCUGGUAAGGACUUCGUGGUCUUGGUGUCGAGGCUUCUUGUCGUGGAAUUGUUCCUCCGAUACGACUCCUUCGAGAUCGAGAUCGGUACGUCGGCGUUGGGGGCCUCCAUUUCCCUAACAUCUCUCAAAAGAGCCACCUUCUGAUCAUUGCGACCAACUUUCCUGUAACUUGUUUUUCUUUCCUCAUAUCUGUGUACUUUUCUUUUUACUUUUAUCCAUCCAGAGUUUUUUCAACAUACUACAUGUCGUAUUUGGAUCUUGUAGUUGUAGAAGAUGUUUUUUUUGUUGGACCCUCUUUGGUUUUUUCCUUUUUAAGGAAUUAUUGGUUAGUUGUAUUUUUCCAUACAGAAAUCGAAAGGAUCCAAUUCUAGGAAA